ACACAUUCAUAUGGAGAUUAGAGAGUAUAAAUAGAGGAGGGAGUGAGAGAGAGCUCAGCACAGCUCAGAUCUUCUCCUCACAGAGAGCUAACAGAAGAAACACAGCCAUGGCUCCUACAAUCACUGCAUCAGUGAUCAACUCCAACCACCUUCUUCCACUUACUAAUAAGCUGAGAAAGCCAAUAGUGGAGAAGAUGCGAAGAGAACGCAUCAACAGCAGCAUUGACAAGCUCAAGUCUCUGCUGGGUGGAGAAUUCCUAAAGCAACAGCCUGAUUCCAGACAGGAGAAAGCCGACAUCCUGGAGAUGACAGUUUAUUUCCUGAGACAGCAGCAGCAGUCGCACAAAAAGUCGAGCUGCUCCACUGAAGCUGAUGAAGGCUACAGCAGGUGUGUGCAGGAGGCCAUCAACUUCCUGUCUCAGUGUCAAGUACACACUCAGUCCCAGAGAAGACUUCUGAGCCACUUCCUGACCAUGCAGCCUUCCAUGGAGAAGAGCAGAAGUGUCGUUCCUCAGCUCAGCUCUCCAUCCUGCCAGAUCAGCAGCAAAGAGGAGACUCCAGGCUGCAGUGAACUCUGGAGACCCUGGUAGAGCCGCACAAACACUUUAUCAUUAGGAAAUUUACAAAUGCCACAUUGGCAUUAAAUACAGUUUCCUAAAGUGUGUCGGAAUAUUUUGUUCAACUUUUCUUGGACAAAAUAUGCCAAGUUGCUUUCCUUAUGGGAAAGCAUGUGUAGAUGUUUCCAUCACUAUGUUUUGUGAAACUUACAAAAUGCACAUUCUAACUAUGCAAGAAGAACUUAUUCUAAAAUAUUUUGUUUCUGUAUAAGAAACCAUUUGCUAAUGUUUUUUAUAUGAUCUCUUAUUGUAUUAAGAACAUGAUAAUUCAUGUAAUGUUUUUAAGCUAUUUCAUCUGUUAUUCAUAUCUAAUAUGAACAGUUGUGCAAAAGUGCAAAAUAUCUGUGAUAUUUUUAAUACAGUUCUUUCCACUCCAAAUGCAAUGCAUCUGGAACAUUUUGACUGUAUAAUUAUUUAAGCAUUUGUGAUUUUAAAACCACCUUUUUUUCAUUCUUGAGAAUAUGAUUCAUUUAGCUACAUUAGCUGGGUACACUAUUUAGUGAGUUAUUUGCAGAUGUAACAUUUUUCCAGAUUGGAAAUGACAUGAGUUUUCCUUCAAUGAAGGUCUUGGAUGAUAUGUUACUUUAUUUGUGAGUACACAAAGUCAUUCUUGACAAAAAAAAAAAAAAAAAAAAAUCCUCAAAAUAAAAUGUCAUAUUGUUGACAAUCAAUAUGCUUGCUGUGAAUGAUUAAUUUUACUCCUAUAUCUACUUCUAUUUUCACCCUUAAACAUGUAAAAGUUGUACACUAAAGUUGUAUAUGCUAAAGUUGUAAAUUCUGAUUGUGAACACUCAAGGAUAUUUUUACACUUGGUCCAUUUUUGCAUUAUGUAAUCUCAGCUUAAUAACUCAGCAUUUUUGUUCCUGUAUAAAAACAACAAAUAAACCCAGACCCUUAAAAUGCCCUGUAUACAAGCUGUACUCCGACCACCUAUAGAGAUGUGGUCUUUUUUGUGUCAAAUUAUUCUCAGUCCGCUUCACAUUUGCUUGCAAUUGUGGCAUUGUGGCACUAGCAGUUAUGCUAUUGAGAUUAGUUAGGCAGUAAUAAUAAUAAUGUUAUCAGUAGUUCCUGUUUAUUACUAUUGUCAGAUAUGUAGUGUUUGCAUGUAUUUUACAUGCUAACCACUUACAUGAGAGUCACAAGUGGGUUUAUAGCAUAAAGCAUGUGUGAUGGUACUCCAACAAAAUUACUCCUCUUUGUUGUUUUCAUUUUUGUUCCCCCUUCUGUUAUUUGACUGCAGUUUUGUUUUUGAGCCAUUUUGAAUGACAUCCACAAUUAUCCAUAACUCAGUGUUACACAGCCGGGUCUCUGAGUUAUAAACAAGUUGUACUGUGAACAACAAGUGGACUGAGAGCUCAUCAUGGUUCAAAACAAUGGACUAAAGUGACAAUCAAGAUGUGCUGAUGAGCAUGAAAACUCAUCUGAAGGACCUGAAACACCAAUGUCAUUCUGCAUCUAUAAUCAUCGUGAACAGACAUCUGAAAGCACAAAGUAGUUGUUUGUGAUAUAAACCAACACAUUUAAAUGCCCUUUUUUAAUGAUACCUACUGCUCUUUACAACCUGCAUGCAGCCUCAUUGAUAAUUGGCCAUUUCUAAAUGUUUCCAUUUCUAAGUUUUAAAAGUACAAUGAAUUAUUUAAUGUUAGUGAAAACAUAUAAAGACUAAAAGACAGAAAUCAAAGAUGGUUAGUAUACACCAGGGGAAAUGGUCCUUCAGGGCUUCUUUAAAUAGUUACAGGUUGUUUACUUGGAACUUUCUAUGAAAUAGAAACUCUCUACUUCUAAUUUUAAAAAAAGAUGUUUAUCAUUUCUGCCAGAAGGACAAACUGAAAUACAUUUGAGAGUUCUAGAUUUAACCUUUAUUUCUAUAAGUAGGUGGAAUGAAUCAUUCGGAGACCAUAUUGAUUGUACUAUUAGAAUUUAUUUUCAUUAUUUUAUUAAUAAUAAUAAUAAUGAUUCAUAUUCACACAAUAAAGUACAUGACCUUCACUGAAGGCAGUCAUUUCCAGUUUGAACAUUUUUAAAUGUACAAUUAAAUAACUGUAAUUUUCCAAUAAAAGCCCAAACUAUGUUUUCCUCAGUCACAACCACAAACAAACAUGUUUAUGCUGUACAGAAGCUAGCAUGAGCAUCACCUCUAUCUUAAUCUAUUGGAGCUGGACUUACUAGAUUAGGAAAUGUUACAGACAUUUUUACACUCUAUGGUCCUGAGUAUAGAUAAAGAUAAAGAUAUAAAGAGAUAGAUUUUUACGCAAUAAGUGAGGUCAU